AUGGUGAACCUCACGCAGAUCCUCAGUACGCUCAUCGCAGCAAACCACGUCCUGGAUCAUCAAGGUGUCCUAGAUGCAUACGGCCACAUCUCAGUCCGUAACCCAACCACCAACAACACAUUCCUCCUCGCGAACGGACUCGCACCAGCGCUGGUUUCUUCGCCCACCGACUUGCUCGAGCACAAUAUUGACGACGCGUCCGCCAUUAACAGUACAUCCAAUGGCUACAGCGAGCGCUUCAUCCACAGCGAGAUUUACAAAGCGUUUCCCUGGGAUCAAUAG